AUGGCAAAUCGAAUAUCUCCCAUUAAUCUGAACCAGAAUUCGUCCCAAUGGCAACAUUUACUACGGGCCACGCUCCGGGAAUGCACCUAUCUUCCCGAUCCGAUUGCUCGAACCUACAUGCAUGGCUAUGUUCUCGACCGAUAUCGCCGGGCGUUCAAAUCUAAGCAGCCGGAAGCCAAGUUGAUACAGACAGCCAGGAAGGAAUUAUCUCGACUUCAAAGAGCAAAUGAAGGCUACCCGCGCCCAUUGGACCGAGUCAUGAUGAUGUCCUAUGGUCGAACUGGAAAACGAAGACACGAGCUACUAGCCCAGUUGAUGAGCCCCGAUACCCCGGUAGACACCGAGGCACUUAGAGAGCUCGUCACCAAGGCUCCGGAUUAUGCAGAUGGCUGGGAGCCCCCACAGAUCAUCUUGGCUCUUAUCAAAUCUCAGAUGAAUAAUGGAGUGAUCACAUCCUCCCGUCUGCGGCCUCAGCUGAAAGGUGUUGAACCACCCAUACCCGAGAAGAACAGUUGGGGUCGACCCUUGAGACAUUCUCGCAAAUUCAAUAUCCGGCAUCAGUGGUACUUUGAUACAUUAUUUUGUCUUCUGCCGCCGUUGCCAGAUAAGGAACUCAAGGUUCUGGACGGGUUGAUAGCAGGGAAUGUGUUAUGGAAGCCCCGAGAACGAAAGCAGGUAGAAGAACCUCCAAAAUCCCAGGAUAAUCUUUUAUUGGAUCUAUUGGCAGAUGGCCCUCAGAAGGGGCCAACGUUUCGGCGACACGUCCUGGGCCGACCGCAUAAGAUCACUCCCAGAUUUAUGCUCCGCCAGUGGCGACGUAUCUCUGCCCAUGUGCCGAGAAAGUUUUGGAACGAGAAAUCGACCAAGACAAUGAAAUGGCUUUUCCACUGGGACGCCCCAAAGAAGGUACCAACGCUGGCCUUUGACGUGGAUCAGAAUGCAGAUAUUGAUCAGAUUUUUGGCGAAUCAUCCAAGGACAAGAUCGAAGCACCAUCCAAAAAAUCCACUUUAUAA